AUGAUUGCUAGAGGAAGCCUAUGCUACCAUUGGAGUAUGAUUAUAAGUGACGCAAAUCGAUACGGGGUUUUUCGUUUUGAAUCCCUUUCUUACUUAAUAAUCAGAGCGCGUGAUCGGUUGAAUAACUUUGACGUCAUCAGACAUGUGAAUAAUUCCAAACGUUCAGUGAUACAUCAUGACAAAAAAGAUGAAGCGUCGCUUCGUUGGUACAAAGAUUGUUUUCACAAAGCUUUCAGCGUAUUACACGGUCUCAGUCGAGACGAUUCGCCAAGUGCGCUAUUAGAAAAAUCGCUGAAGCAGUCACAUUUAAACAAACGCAUCUCGAAAAACAUCGUCAAUGAUCUACAGAAGAAAACGAAACCAACUCGUGUACGACGCAUACUAGCUAGUUCGAUGACACCGCCGCCAAAAGACGAAAAAGACCAAAAUCAACGAUGCGUAAGAGUUCUCAAAUCAGUCGAUUUCGAUCAGCAACCAAACGACAAUUGA